UUUACGAGGACGAGGGCCCACAUAGAGAAAGCUAUAAAUUUAUGAAACCCCAAAUGAAAUCGAGCGGUGGCUACUAACUUCACUGGGCUGAAAUUAAUAAACACUGAACUCAUCACUGUCACUCUCAUUUCCACCAUUUCCAUUGUUCUCUGUUUUCAACCCAACAUAAUAUUUCGUUCGAUCGUAUCUGAAUAACAAUAUGCCUUACGCUAGUAAAAUUCAUCGAGCAAAUCGGAAAACUCGUAUGGUGAAACAAGAUUCCUCUAAUUUGAACAAGAAAUGGAUGGUGCCUUAUAGAUACUAUUCUGACAAGGGUCCCAAUCCCGUUCCAAACCCUAAUGCUGACCCGUCAAGUUGGGUCCUCUGCAAUGAGGAACAUUUGAAAGAUAUUGCAUUGAAAUAUAUCAAAAUUAUAUAUAAAAAUACUGUGUCGAGGCUCGUCGCUAUGGGGCACAAUGAGGAUGUUGCCGUGAAAGCUGUUCUGCAUAAUGGACAUUGUUAUGGUGCCAAUGAUUUGGCAACAAACGUGCUGCACAACACCUUGGCUUGUUUGGAUAAGGUAGACUUGGACGCGAAUGAGUUAAAGUCUGCUUUCUCUGAUUUGAAGCAGCUCGAAGAGUACUCUCUGCAGAGCCUCGUGUCUUUGUUGCAAGAGGUGAGGUCCGAUUUGAGUAAAGGUGAUGCUAUGUGGUGUCUCCUCAUGAGCAAAUUUCAUGUGGUAAAGGCAAGCGGCAUCCAAGUUCCUGCUGCAAACCAGCGUCCUCCUCCUUUAACUGAAUUUGGGAAUGAGGGAGGCUCGAGUUUUCCUUUGAACGGGUUAUUUUGUGGCAAUGAGAUGACUAUACAGUUACAGAGAGAGAUUGAAUUCCCAAAAAGACUUGAUCUUACUCCUGGCAUGAAGUCCUUGUUGAAAAGAAAUGUUGCAAUGUUUGCUGCUGGUUAUAGGACUAAACUAAAACAGUUGAAUUCCCAAAAGGAUUUUACCUUUCCUGGCAAUAGCACCGUUUCAAAGAUGGAUUCUUCAUCUGUUUCUGAAACUGUAGUCCCUGGUGAGCAGGCUAGUGACUCUCAAGAUCUGAAUGACCAAGAUGACAUGAACACUGUGCUGAGUAAAUUUCUUGAGCUAAAGAUUGAUAUUGAUGAGAAUUUGGAGUUUGUAGCAGAAGAUGAGAAGGAGGAGGUGAUAGUCACUCUAAUGCAUCAGAUAAAGGAUCUUAAGAAACAGGUCAAGGAGCGAAAAGAUUGGGCUCAUGAGAAGGCAAUCCAAGCGGCAAGAAAGCUAAGCAAUGAUCUGAUUGAGCUGAAAAUGUCCAAGAUGGAAAGAGAGGAGAAUAAAAAGUUGACUGAGAAAGAGACAGAGUUGGUGCUUGACGACCCAACUGUGACUAGACUCUCAGAAUUGGAGGAUGCCUUGAAAAAGGUUAGUGGUCAAGUGGACCAAGCAAAUGCAGCUGUCAGAGAACUUGAGAUGGAGAAAGCUGAAAUCAAAGCUGAGUUAGAGGCUUGUAAAUUAAGUGCAUCAGAAUCAGUCGCAAACUGCUUGCAAGUGGCAAAAAGGGAGAAAAAAUGCUUAAAGAAGCUUCUGGCUUGGGAAAAACAGAAAGCUAAGAUACAACAGGAUAUUUCAUAUGAAAAACAGAAGAUAUUGGAGAUACAAGAAGAAUUGGCUCAGACUAAACAGUGUGCUCAAGAAGCUGAGGUAAUGAGGACAGAAGAGCUAAAGGCAAAGGAGGAAGCCUUAGCACUAAUUGAAGAGGAACGCCGUUCAAAGGAAGCAGUUGAAGCUGAUAAUAAAAGAACCCUUAAGGCUUUACGCCUGAAGAUAGAGAUAGAUUUCCAGCGUCGUAAGGAUGAUCUUCUAAGGCUUGAGCAGGAGAUUUCACGUCUUAAAGCAUCUGCACGGUCUGCUAAUUUGCAUCACCAGUCAAGCACUCUGCCUACAAGUGAGUCUAAGGAUGCAGAGCCCCAGAGAGAGACAAUUGCUAAGCUUCUGCAAGAAUUAGAUGACGUGAAGGAUUUUUCAGGAGAAGUCAACGGUUAUAGACAGUGCAUUAUAUGUGGAAAAGAUGAAGUUUCCGCAAUUUUCUUGCCAUGUGCGCACCAAGUUAUGUGUGCUAGUUGCUGUAAAGAAUAUGGGAGAAAGGGCAAAGCCGUUUGUCCAUGUUGCAGGGUUCCAAUCGAACAGAAAAUCCGUAUAUUUGGGGCAAGUUCGUAGUCUUUCAUUUGUAAGCUAUGAACUUUCUCAUUUCUUUGCAGUCUCUGGAGUUUCUUUAUCCUUAAUCUCACACUGCUGUGGGGUGUGAGCAUAAUGAGGGAUAUAUCACAUUAAAGCUAUGUUCUUCUGUAUCUUUUAAAUGUCUGAAAAUCUGUUGUUAGCUUGAAAAUAAGAAAUAGGCAAAUACUAACAAGUGUUCUGAAAGCACUGAUCAAGAAUUAAAAAAAAUAUAGGAUUGAAGGAUGAUUAAAGACUUUUGAGUUGUUAAUGCAACAAAUGUUUCGUUUUAA